AUAAGUUCAUCUCUGGUGAAGCUUCAGUGUCUGCUUCCUCUUAUUGGAUCAGUUGACCCCACCCAUUAGUUUUCGUCAUCGGUUGAUUCACCAAUCAACUCACAGCGUGCUCCUCUCAGCCAAUGAAAAAUACAAAAACACCACCCAUGCUGCAGCUCCAACAACACAGGAAGAAAUGUGUUUGAUCAGCAGAUAACAAGUAUUGAUCAGGAGGAGCUAUGCGUCAGUGGAUUUGAUGAGUGCGCGAGUCAUGGACGCUUCCCUGUCUUUGCUGUGGCAGUAUGUGUUCUCGCCUGCAAACAUUGUGGGUUUGAUUGCAUUCGUGCUUGUUUUCUGUGUGCUGCAACAGUAUGCGUGGCAUCAGACAUACGCCAACAUCCCUCCGGGUCCAAAGCCAUGGCCUAUCGUGGGAAACUUCGGCGGUUUCCUUGUGCCUUCGUUUAUUUUAAGACGACUUGCAAAGAAUCGCAAAGAGUUUGCAAAGAUUGUCUCGAAUCCGCUGUCACCUCAGGCUGGACUCAUGGAGAUGUCCAAACUCUAUGGGAACAUAUUCAGCAUUUUUGUUGGGCCUCAGCUCAUGGUCGUGCUGACGGGAUAUGACACUGUCCGGGACGCGAUGUUAAACCAUCCGGAGGUCUUCUCUGACAGACCGCAUAUACCGCUCGUAACUAUUAUCACCAAGAGGAAAGGGAUUGUGUUUGCACCGUAUGGCCCACUGUGGCGCACAAACCGUAAGUUCUGUCACAGCACUCUGCGCAGCUUUGGCUUUGGCAAGCUGAGUCUGGAGCCGUGCAUCCAUGAAGGCCUGACCAUGAUUAAAACAGAACUGCAGAGCCUCAUCGAAAAAACAGGGCCUUCUGGUAUCGAUCUGACUCCCCUCAUCAGCAAUGCUGUCUCCAACGUCAUCUCCUCCAUGAGUCUGGGUCAGCGUUUCCAUCACCAGGACCAGGAGUUCCGCACCAUGCUGGAUCUCAUGUCUCACGGGCUGGAGAUUAGCGUCAACACAUCCAUUUUGCUUAUCAAUGUCUUUCCCUGGUUAUACUACCUGCCCUGCGGUGUUUUCAAAGAGCUGCGGCGCGCAGAGAUCAACAUCACGGCCUUCCUGAAGAAGAUCAUCACGAGGCACAGGGCCACGCUGGAUCCGGAGAAUCCCAGGGAUUUCAUAGACAUGUAUCUGGUGGAGAUGCUGGCCCAGCAAAAGAGCGAUAAUUCAGAACAGAGCUUGUUCUCAGAGGACGAUCUCUUCUACAUCAUUGGAGACCUCUUUAUUGCAGGCACUGAUACUACAACAAACAGCGUGUUGUGGAGUAUUCUCUAUAUGUCCUUGUAUCCUGAUGUGCAAGAGAAGGUUCAGCAGGAGAUUGAUUCGGUGGUGGGAUCUGAGAGAGUCCCGUCUCUGACUGAUAAGGGCAGUUUGCCGUACACAGAAGCCACCAUUAUGGAGGUGCAGAGGAUGACUGUAGUGGUUCCUCUGUCUAUACCCCACAUGGCCUCGGAAACCACAGAGUUCCGAGGAUACACUAUUCCUAAAGGAACAGUUAUCAUCCCAAACCUCUGGUCAGUACACAGGGAUCCCACCGUGUGGGAAAAUCCUGAUGACUUCAAUCCAGGCAGAUUUCUGGAUGAACAGGGAAAACUUCUCAGGAAAGACUGUUUUAUUCCAUUUGGAAUAGGUCGCAGGGUGUGCAUGGGAGAGCAGCUGGCUAAGAUGGAGCUGUUUCAGAUGUUUACCAGCCUGAUGCAGGCCUUCACUUUCAGGCUUCCUGAGGGGAAAUCUGCUCCAUCCAUGCACGGACGCUUUGGCCUGACUCUGGCUCCAUGCCCAUUUACUGUCUGUGUGAAAGCGCGCUGAACAGCCUUUAAAAAAAGAGGCAUUCCUCAAUCAAUCAUCACUGGGAAGCAAAUUGCAUGGGUUGUCCAUUAAGAAGAAUUUUCAUUUGGACCAUAAAUGAAGUAAGAGCCUUUGUGAUUGCAUGAUCAAGCAAAAGGUCUGAGAUUAUUUUAUGUACAUUUUUUUUUUUUUGAACAAUUUCAAGAAAUAAGAACAAAUACCUAAGUAUUAUGUCAGCAUAUUUCAGUUUUGAUUACAUUUAUUUUAAAA